GGAGAAAGGAUUUGAGUUUGUCAAUUGUCUUUUUCUUGCUCACGAUUUUCGAGAACAAAGUUUGACACGUUAUAUCUUUAAGGUUUUGUGUGUUUUCUUUAGGAUUUGAUUCUUUUGGUGAGUUCUGAGAAGGAAAUUGAAUUCCUAAGUGUGCAUCCUGCGUGCGGAUUUGGAUUCCAGAUUGAAGUCCAGACAAUCUGAUCUGGGUUUCAUCACCGAUGUUUAUAUGAAAUUCUAUAGAGAAAAUAAAGAGUAGUUCUGGUUGUUUGGAGGAUCUCGAACAAAAAUGUGGAUUUCAAGGUUGGCAUCGGAGAUGUUUGGAAGGUUGAAUGGUGUGAACAAUAAAAUGGAAGCUGAAGGGAAGGAUGAUCUUAAGGUGCCUCUUCUACAGCCUUCAGAAAGUGUUGCAGUCAGUGUCUCCAGGCCAUCUCCAAAAAGAAUCAGGAAAUCUAAGACGGUGAAGUUUAAAAUUGGGGGAAUUAAAUGUGCUUCUUGCGUAGUUUCCAUCGAAUCAGCGCUAGGGAAGCUUCAAGGCAUUGAAAGCGUUGCAGUCUCACCAAUUCAAGGCCAGGCUGUUAUCAGAUACAGACCAGAAUCCAUCAAUGCAAAAACAAUCAAAGAAGCUGUUGAUGACCUAGGCUUCCAAGUUGAUGAAUUUUCUGAACAAGAUAUAGCUGUAUGUCGGCUCCGAAUUAAAGGCAUGGCCUGCACCAGCUGUUCUGAGUCUAUAGAGCGGGCCCUCCUCACGGUUGAUGGAGUGAAGAAGGCCGUGGUUGGUCUUGCACUUGAAGAAGCUAAGAUCCAUUUUGAUCCAAACGUCACCGACUCUGAUCACCUUCUCCGAUCCAUCGAAGAUGCAGGAUUUGGAGCUGAUCUCAUCAGUUCUGGAGAUGAAAUGAACAAAGUGCACCUAAGGCUCAAAGGCCUCUCUUCUCCCGAAGAAGCUGCUAUCGUUCAGUCCUCCCUCGAGUCAGUGGAAGGUGUGGAUCAUGUGGAAAUGGAUUCAGCAGGCAACAAAGUAACUAUUACCUAUGACCCAGAUCUCACCGGUCCAAGGUCUCUUAUACAAUGUGUUCAAGAAGCUGGCCAUGGCCCCAACUUCUACCAUGCAAGCAUAUACACUCCUCCAAGAAGAGGAGAAGCUGAACAGCAACAUGAGAUUGAGGUUUAUAGGAACCAAUUCCUUUGGAGUUGCCUGUUUUCAGUUCCUGUGUUUCUCUUCUCCAUGGUAUUUCCCAUGCUUCCUUAUGGGAACUGGUUAAACUAUAAGCUUCACAACAUGCUUACAAUUGGGAUGCUGCUGAGAUGGGUCCUUUGCACACCUGUACAGUUUAUCAUUGGCCGAAGGUUUUACGUUGGAUCUUACCAUGCGUUGAAACGGGGGUUUGCUAACAUGGAUGUUUUGGUUGCAUUGGGCACCAAUGCUGCUUAUUUUUACUCCCUAUAUAUCAUUGUAAAAGCAGUGACUUCAUAUUCAUUCGAAGGGCAAGAUUUCUUUGAAACCAGUGUCAUGUUGAUAUCUUUCAUUCUUCUGGGAAAGUAUUUGGAGGUGGUGGCAAAGGGGAAGACAUCGGAUGCUUUGGCAAAGCUUACAGAUCUUGCUCCUGAUACAGCAUUUCUAUUGAAUUUGGAUGGGGAUGGGAAUAUGAUUUCAGAGAUGGAGAUCAGCACUCAGCUGAUACAAAGGAAUGAUGUCAUCAAGAUUGUUCCUGGUGCAAAAGUUCCUGUGGAUGGAAUUGUUAUAAGGGGUCAAAGCCAUGUAAAUGAGAGCAUGAUCACUGGAGAGGCGAGGCCGAUUGCUAAAAGACCGGGAGACAAGGUUAUUGGUGGGACAGUGAAUGAGAAUGGAUGUUUGCUGGUUAAGGCCACUCAUGUUGGGUCAGAGACUGCACUGUCCCAAAUAGUACAACUGGUAGAAGCUGCUCAGCUUACCAGAGCACCUGUUCAAAAACUAGCAGAUCGUAUUUCCAAGUUCUUCGUUCCUUCAGUCGUUGUGGCGGCAUUCCUUACGUGGCUAUGCUGGUUUAUCCCAGGAGAAGCUGGCAUUUACCCUCGGCAUUGGAUUCCGAAGGCCAUGGAUGGGUUUGAGCUAGCGCUGCAGUUCGGGAUUUCAGUAUUGGUGGUUGCAUGCCCGUGUGCUCUAGGACUUGCAACCCCGACAGCAGUAAUGGUCGCCACAGGAAAAGGUGCUUCUCAGGGCAUCCUCAUUAAAGGCGGUAAUGCACUCGAAAAUGCACACAAGGUGAAAAUUGUCAUUUUCGACAAGACUGGAACACUGACGAUUGGAAAACCGAUGGUAGUUAACACAAUGCUUUUCUUCCAUGUGCCGAUCCAGGAGUUCUGUGAUCUGGCUGCAGCUGCUGAGGCCAACAGUGAGCAUCCUCUGGCAAAGGCGGUAGUUGACCAUGCUAAGAAGCUGCAUCAGCAGUAUGGGUCCAACAUUGACCAUUUAGAAGCCAAGGACUUCGAGGUUCAUCCAGGAGCUGGUGUGACCGCAAACGUUGGUGGCAAAGCAGUCCUGGUAGGGAACAGGAGGCUUAUGCUGGAUUGCCAGGUCCCCUUAAGCCCUGAGGUUGAAGACUACAUGUCGGAGUCCGAACAGCUAGCUCGCACAUGCGUUUUGGUCGCCAUUGAUGGGAGGAUUGCCGGGGCUUUUGCAGUGACGGAUCCGUUGAAGCCGGAAGCUGAGCGUGUGGUGUCGUUCCUCCAGUCAAUGAACAUCUCAAGCAUUAUGGUGACUGGUGACAACUGGGCCACAGCAACUGCCAUUGCGAGGGAGGUUGGGAUCGGCACGGUGUUUGCUGAGAUGGACCCUCUGGGGAAAGCUGAGAAAAUCAAAGAGUUACAGAUGAAAGGGAUGACUGUGGCUAUGGUGGGUGAUGGAAUCAAUGACUCGCCAGCCCUGGUUGCUGCUGAUGUUGGCAUGGCGAUCGGCGCAGGCACUGAUGUCGCAAUUGAAGCCGCUGACGUUGUCCUCAUCAAGAGCAACUUGGAAGAUGUAAUUACGGCCAUCGAUCUCUCAAGGAAGACCCUUUCCAGGAUCCGGCUCAACUACGUGUGGGCCCUGGGCUAUAAUGUACUCGGCAUGCCAAUUGCCGCCGGCAUCUUGUUCCCGUUCACCGGGAUCAGGUUACCACCCUGGCUUGCAGGUGCUUGCAUGGCGGCAUCGUCACUCAGCGUCGUGUGCUCCUCUCUCCUACUGCAGUCUUAUACGAAGCCUUUACAUGUUCAAGACACUCGAGGACCAGUCGAUUACUCAAACUCUGUGUGAGCUGGUGGGCCACAAGGCAUAUGGCUUGUUUCAGCAUUCGUAAGUAUCACUAUUGAUGUACUUCAUUUGAUAAUAAUGCAACUGAACAUCUUUUGGUCAUAUAAGAAAAUAAAAUGUUGGGGUAGUUUACUUA